GGAAACAUAUUUUGGUUUCGUCUAUAAAUAGCUUUCCACUCGCCUCUUCUACUCUCAUCAACCCUAAGCUUCCCUCAAUUCAAACAAACUCAUCUUCUUUCUCUCUCUCUAGCUCUGGAAGAGAGAGAGCGAGCUUACUCACAUACUAAUGGCGACACCAGUAGAAAUCUCAACUCUCGAACUCAUCGAACAACACCUCCUCGGCGACUUCUCUCCUGUUGACAGCUACGAUAUUAAUAGCCUCAGCGACACCAGCUCGAUUUUCACAGCAUUCGAUUCUGCAACCAGUGUUCAAACCGAGGGUUCAAGCUCUCAAUCUUAUUCCUUCUGUUCACAGACUUUAAGCUCUGACUCUACCAUCGCAAUCUCUGAUUACCUGGACUCGAACCAAGUUAACAAUACUCGAAAUUUUGAUUUUGUCCAUAACUCGAUCAAUUUCGAGCAAAAUCAAUUUAAUUACUUUGGAUUUGAGUCUAAACCUCAAAUAAUCGAUCUCACUACACCGAAACCAGUGAAUUUGAACACUCAGACAAGUUCUAGAUCGAGCUUCAGCGAGCGUAAGCCGUCGUUGAAGAUUGACCUAGCUCCGGUCAAGAAAUUGGAGUGGUUGGAUUUCCGCCAACCAACUAAGCCAGCAGUUUCCGAAGAGAAACCGUUUAGUAGGCACUACAGAGGCGUCCGGCAAAGGAGGUGGGGGAAGUUCGCGGCGGAGAUCAGAGAUCCGAAGCGGCGAGGGUCUAGGGUUUGGCUAGGGACAUUCGACACCGCCAUUGAUGCCGCCAAGGCCUACGAUCGAGCCGCAUUCAAGAUGCGUGGGAGCAAAGCCAUUCUCAACUUCCCACUCCAAGUAGGAAAUUGGCGUCACUCCUCCUCCGCCGGCACGAAGAGGCGGAGAGAGGUUAAAGAACAAACAGAGGAAAGGUCUGUGAAGAAGGAGAGGUUACCGGAAUCUGAAGCAUCGGUGGUUAGUAGUGCAGCGAGUUGUUCUUUAACGCCGUCUAGUUGGACAGCCCUGUGGCAUCAAAAUGCAGAUGGUAUCUUUGACGCCGCGCUGUUAUCGCCGUUAUCUCUUCACCCUUUGUUGGGCUAUUCACAAGUCAUGGUCAUUUAAAGGAGUAGUUUUUUCGUGAGUCGUUCUAGUUUUGGAUGUAUAUAGGGAAUGCCGUGAGGAAUCGGAAACGUUUUACAAAUGACAAACCAUGUUUGCAGAGAAAAUUGUCCACGUGGUUUGAAACGGCAAUGCUUUGAUUAUGAGGGGAAAAAAAUGUAUUAUUAGUUGAUUUGAAUUUAUAUAAACUUGAACAUGAUUUUGUCUUUAAAA